UUUUUAAAGUGCUCCGCCGACGCUGCCCACCAUCCAAACAGCGAUCCGACCUCAACCGCUACGGCUCGUUUUGUUUCGAUUCGAUUCUAUUCACUUCGAAACCCCAUACGAUUCGUUUGAAUCGCAGCGAGUUUUUCUCUACGUAGAGUUACCACAUUGCCCGAUAUAGCAUACACAUAUAGACCAGUUGCACGUGGAGGAGGUUGCCGAGCAGUCGAGUAACCAUGGCGGAGGACACUAGUUCGCCGAUGGACAGAUUCUGCGGAUCCACGUUCUGGAACGCAACAGAGACAUGGUAUACCAACGAUCCGGACUUUACGCCGUGCUUUGAGCAAACGGCGCUGGUCUGGACACCUUGCGCCUUCUACUGGGCGUUCGUGAUCUUUGACUUUUACUACCUGAAGGCGAGCUUGGACAGGAAUAUACCCUGGAACAAGCUAAAUGUGAGCAAAGCGCUGGUGAAUCUGGGUCUGCUGGUAAUCACUGCCCUGGACCUGAUUAUGGCGCUGGUCAAGAAGGGCGGCGACUCUGAGCUGCCGCUCUACGACCUGGAUGUCUGGGGUCCCAUCAUCAAGUUCGCCACCUUCCUGUUGGUCUUCAUAUUCAUCCCGCUGAAUCGGAAGUACGGCGUGCAGACCACCGGAUGCCAGUUCAUCUUCUGGUUCCUGCUCACUGUGCUGUCGAUUCCCCGCUGCCGCACUGAAGUUCGCCUGGACGCGGAACGCCAGAAGAUUCUGAAUUCGCAGCAGCCCUCCGAGCAGGACUUUUCCUGGGAGGAGUAUCAGUUCGUUAGCUUCUUUAUCUUCUUCACCUUCACCAGCAUCAUGCUGAUCCUGAACUGCUUCGCGGACGGAAUGCCCAGACAGACCAAGUACCAGAGGGGUGAGAACGAGAUUCCCGAGCUGUCAGCCAGUUUCCUUUCCCGCAUCACCUAUCAGUGGUUCGACAAAAUGGCCCUCAAGGGCUAUCGCAACCCGCUGGAGGAGAAGGAUCUGUGGGACCUGAGGCCCCAGGACAGCUGCUCCGAGGUCAUGCCCAUCUUUGCCCACCACUGGAACCAGAACGUGCGCAAGAACUACAAGAACAAGGCGCGCGUAGAACCCAAGGCGCAGUUUAGCAAUGGCAACGUGACCUUUGAGAAUCCCCACGGUGAGAAGAAUGGCCGCAAGAAGGGCAUGGCCAGUAUUAUGCCGCCAAUUUACAAGUCCUUCGGAGGCGUCUUUCUGUUCGGCGCCCUGAUGAAGUUGUUCACCGACACCCUGACAUUUGCCCAGCCCCAAGUCCUCAGCUUGAUCAUCAGCUUCGUUGAGGCCCAAGAAGCCGAGCCCGAAUGGAAGGGUAUCUUAUACGCUGUCCUGCUUUUCGUUUUGGCCGCUGCCCAGACCUUUAUUCUUGGCCAGUACUUCCACCGCAUGUUCAUUGUUGGCCUGCGAAUUAGGACAGCUUUGAUCAACGCCAUCUACCGCAAGGCCCUGCGCAUUUCGAACUCCACCAAAAAGGAGUCCACCGUGGGCGAGAUCGUCAACCUGAUGGCCGUGGAUGCCCAGCGAUUCAUGGAACUGACCACCUACCUGAACAUGAUCUGGUCGGCGCCACUGCAGAUCGGUCUGGCCCUGUAUUUUCUUUGGCAGCAACUGGGACCGUCUGUGCUCGCCGGUUUGGCUGUGAUGAUUAUCCUAAUCCCUGUGAACGGAGUGAUUGCCAGUCGCAUCAAGACCUAUCAGAUCAGACAGAUGAAGUACAAAGAUGAGCGUGUUAAGUUGAUGAACGAAGUACUGAGUGGCAUUAAGGUGCUCAAAUUGUACGCCUGGGAACCGAGUUUCGAGAAGCAAGUGCUGGACAUCCGUGACAAGGAGAUUGCGACGCUGCGCUCCACUGCCUACUUGAACGCGGGCACUUCGUUCUUGUGGUCCUGUGCACCAUUCCUGGUUUCAUUAGUUACAUUCGCCACUUACGUUUUAAUCGAUGAAAAUAACGUGCUUGAUGCCACCAAAACCUUUGUCUCAUUAUCAUUAUUCAACAUUCUACGAUUUCCGCUAACAAUGUUGCCCAUGCUGAUCACCAACCUGGUGCAAACGCAAGUUUCUGUGAAUCGUAUCAAUAAGUUCCUGAACAGUGAGGAACUGGAUCCCAACAGCGUACUCCACGAUUCCUCUAAACCCCACCCAAUGAGCAUUGAGAACGGCGAGUUCUCUUGGGGCGAUGAGAUCACGCUGCGCAACAUUAACAUCGAGGUGAAGAAGAGCAGCCUGGUGGCCCUGGUUGGCACGGUCGGUUCCGGCAAGUCGUCCGUAGUGCAGGCAUUCCUCGGUGAAAUGGAAAAACUUGCGGGCGUUGUCAACACUGUGGGCAAGUUGGCCUAUGUACCGCAGCAGGCGUGGAUUCAGAAUGCGACGGUGAGGGACAACAUCCUCUUCGGGCAGACGUACGACCGAAAGCGCUACAACAAGGUGAUUGACGCCUGUGCUCUGCGUGCCGAUAUCGACAUCCUGUCAGCCGGAGAUCUCACGGAAAUCGGUGAGAAAGGCAUUAAUUUAUCAGGUGGCCAGAAGCAGCGCAUCUCGUUGGCCCGUGCUGUGUACAGUGAUGCCGAUCUGUAUCUGCUGGAUGAUCCUCUGAGCGCCGUGGACGCCCAUGUGGGCAAGCACAUCUUCGAGGAGGUUAUUGGACCCAAGGGUAUGCUGGCACGAAAGUCUCGCGUGCUGGUCACCCAUGGUGUGACUUUCCUGCCCCAGGUGGACAGCAUCUAUGUGAUGAAGAUGGGCGAGAUCAGCGAGAGCGGCACAUUCGAUCAAUUGGUCAAGAACAAGGGCGCCUUCGCCGACUUCAUUAUCCAGCAUCUGCAGGAGGGCAAUGAAGAGGAGGAGGAACUUAAUCAGAUCAAGCGCCAGAUCUCCAGCACCGGAGAUGUCCCUGAGCUGUUAGGCACUGUCGAAAAGGCCAUUAAGUUGGCGCGCACGGAAAGCUUGUCCGAUUCCAUCUCCGUUACAUCCGCUGAUAGUUUGAUGGGCAGAGGAGGAAGUCUUCGCCGGCGAACCAAGCGACAAGACUCCCACGAUUCCGUUGCCUCAGCCGCUUCCCUGAAAAAGAAGCAGGAGGUCGAGGGCAAACUGAUUGAAACUGAAAAAUCGCAAACCGGUGGCGUGGAGUUCGCAGUGUACAAGCAUUACAUCAAGAGCGUUGGCAUCUUCCUAUCGGUUGCCACAUUGGUACUCAACUUUGUAUUCCAAGCUUUCCAAAUCGGCUCGAAUCUGUGGCUCACCCAAUGGGCUAACGAUCAAAAUGUCGCCAACGACACUGGCCUCAGGGACAUGUAUCUGGGUGUUUAUGGUGCCUUCGGAUUUGGCCAAGUGCUAUCCAAAUAUUUAUCGGGCCUCGCCUUGGCCAUCGGAGGACUCCAUUGCUCAAUGAAUGUAUUCAACAAGCUGCUGAACACAGGCCUCAAGUGGCCAAUGGAACUGUUCGAUACAACGCCAUUAGGUCGCAUUCUGAGUCGGUACUCGAAAGAUGUCGAUACGGUUGACAGUGUACUGCCCGCGAUAACCGUGCAGUUGUUGAACACAUGUUUCGGGGUUCUGGCUACCAUUGUGGUUAUUAGUCUGUCCACGCCAAUUUUCCUGGCCGUGAUCGUGCCCAUCGCCUUCCUGUACUACUUCGCCCAGCGCUUCUACGUGGCCACUUCCCGGCAGCUGAUGCGUCUGGAAUCCGUAUCUCGGUCGCCAAUCUACUCGCACUUCAGCGAAACUGUCACCGGAGCAUCGACUAUUCGUGCCUACAAUGUGGGAGAUCGCUUUAUUGAGGAAUCUGAUGCCAAGGUGGACAAGAACCAGGUUUGCAAGUACCCGUCCGUGAUUGCCAACCGUUGGCUGGCCAUUCGUUUGGAGAUGGUGGGCAAUCUGAUUAUUCUGUUCGCAUCGCUCUUCGCCGUCCUGGGAGGUCAAACCAAUCCCGGUCUGGUGGGUCUGUCGGUAAGCUACGCCCUGCAGGUGACCCAAACCCUCAACUGGCUGGUGCGCAUGUCAUCCGACAUCGAGACGAACAUCGUGUCCGUGGAGCGCAUCAAGGAGUACGGCGAGACCAAGCAGGAGGCUCCCUGGGAGCUGGAGCAGGACAAGAACAAGCCCAAGAACUGGCCACAGGAGGGACACGUUGAGUUCCAGAACUUCCAGGUGCGCUAUCGCGAAGGCUUGGAUCUGGUGCUGCGCGGUGUUAGUUUCAAUAUCAAGGGUGGCGAGAAGGUCGGCAUUGUUGGUCGCACUGGUGCCGGCAAAUCCAGUCUCACAUUGGCUUUGUUCAGAAUAAUUGAAGCUGCCGGUGGACGCAUCUCCAUCGAUGGCGUGGACAUUGCCUCAAUGGGUCUGCACAUGUUGCGUUCCCGCCUGACAAUUAUCCCCCAGGAUCCAGUGCUCUUCUCUGGUUCGCUGCGCAUCAACUUGGAUCCAUUUGAAAUCAAAACCGAUGACGAAAUUUGGAAGGCGUUGGAGCUGUCCCAUCUGAAGUCCUUUGUAAAGAGUUUGGCAGCUGGCCUGAACCACGAGAUUGCCGAGGGUGGCGAGAAUCUGUCGGUGGGACAGCGCCAGUUGGUUUGCUUGGCGCGUGCCCUGCUGCGUAAGACCAAGGUCCUGGUGCUGGACGAAGCCACCGCCGCUGUGGAUCUGGAAACAGAUGAUUUGAUUCAGAAAACCAUCCGAACGGAGUUCAAGGAAUGCACUGUUCUCACAAUUGCCCAUCGCUUGAACACUAUUUUGGACUCGGACAAGGUAAUCGUGCUGGACAAGGGCCAGAUCACCGAGUUCGCCUCGCCCACGGAGCUGCUGGACAAUCCCAAGUCGGCCUUCUAUAGCAUGGCCAAGGACGCCAAUCUAGUUUAAGAUCCAUGAAUGUCAACGUGAAACUCCACGAAACUCAAACGGAAGAGUGAGUGCCCCAAACAAAAAACUUUAGGAAUAUAGAUGUACGAAAAGAAAAUCAUUCAACGGUAGCUUUAAGCCAUUUGGCACUGACAGCUCUACCUCAUGGCUAGAACAAGCAACUGUGAGACAAAGCAAGCUAACAAACACAACAAUGGAACAAUAAGCGAAAGAAAUUAGCAAAUACCAACUAAAUGUUCAUUAGACUAAGCGAAAUAAUUCAAGCCAGUUGCGCCUUCGUCGGUUACGCUAUGUUCGUUUUUAUUAUGUAUAUGUAUUUACAUAUAGUCAAGUGUAUUUUUAUAUUGUCUAUUGUACUUAGUUUUCUAUGCAACAUGAACCGGUAAAAGCAGGCAACACGAUGGCGAGUUGGAGCAUAAGCCCGGAAAGAAAAAAAUAACUCUUAUGUAUGCCACAUAUUUAUGUACUUAAAUUAACAAAUCAGAAGAUUGAGAUACUUAAACUCCCUCAAGAAUUUUUGCCUUCAACUGAUAAGAUCAGUACGAAAAACGGUCAAUGUAGUUAAAUCAAUUUAUUGAAACUUUUGUAGAAUGUAUACUUAAAUCAAAAAUAAACGACGGGAGCGAAUAAGCCCAACAAAAUCCCAAUGAAAA